CGUCGCGGGCGCCGGCGGGUGCGUUUGAAUCUGGUCCGAGCGCGGGAAGCGGCGGGCCCGGAGCUGCUGGGAGUUCCACGAUCCGGAGCGGACUGCGCGGGAGCCCGGCCUGGGGUCGGCAGCAGCUGGACGGCGGCGUCCUGGCCUGAGGGCGCGGUCUUCGCUCCGCGGGGCGAGGCUGAGUGGUCACAAAAUAAAUGCCAUUUGAACAGCUUCAUCUGUCAUGGAAAAACGCGGGACGUUUGUACAAGUGGUGUCUAAGGAGCUGGUUGGAGAGUUUCUGCGAUUUAUUCAACAUGAUAAAGAUCCCUCUGACCCCUUCAGCCUAAAUGAAUUGCUGGAGGAGUUAUCAAGGAAACAGAAAGAAGAAUUAUGGCAAAGGCUGAAGAUUUUGCUGACAGAUGUGCUGUUAGCAAGCCACAUGGAUGAGUGGCCGGCAGCUCACAUCCAGGGGGAAGAUGCUAUGGAGACAGAGGAUGGCUCAAAAAUGAGAAAAAACAUAGAAAUAAUUCAUGGAAUUACAUCUGUGAUUCUUGCUUCUGUGUCUGUGAUAAAUGAAAGUGAGAACUAUGAGGCUUUACUGGAAUGUGUUAUUAUAUUAAAUGGUAUUUUAUAUGCAUUACCUGAAUCUGAACAAAAACUACAACAUUCCAUCCAGGAUUUGUGUGUUACAUGGUGGGAGAAAGGACUGCCUGCCAAGGAAGACAUGGGGAAGACAGCAUUUAUUAUGCUACUGAGGCGGAGUCUUGAGACCAAGACUGGUGCAGACAUUUGUCGGCUUUGGCAUGUUCAUCAAGCUUUGUAUUGCUUUGAUUAUGAUUUGGAGGAAAGUAGAGAAAUUAAAGACAUGCUGCUUGAGUGCUUCAUGAAUAUUAGUCAUAUCAAGAAAGAAGAGGGCAGAAGAUUUCUUAGUUCUCUCUUUAAUUGGAAUGUAAAUUUUAUUAAAAUGAUCCAUGGGACUAUUAAAAACCAGUUAGAGGGAUUACAAAAGUCUUUGGUCAUACACAUUGCAGACAUCUAUUUCAGAGCUUGGAAAAAGGCUACAGGAAGAGUACUGGAGACAAUCGAGAAUGGGUGCAUCCAGGACUUCAUGUUCCACGGAAUCCACCUUCCGAGGAAGUCUCCAGUGCACUGCAAAGUGCGGGAGGUGCUCAGUUACUUCCACCAUCAGAAAAAAGUACGUCAAGGAGUGGAAGAAAUGCUGUGUCGGCUAUACAAACCCAUCCUUUGGAGAGGACUGAAGGCCAGAAACUCUGAAGUUCGAUCAAAUGCUGCAUUAUUGUUUGUUGAAGCAUUUCCCAUUAGGGACCCAAACCUUCAUGCAAUUGAGAUGGACAAUGAAAUUCAGAGACAGUUUGAAGAACUCUAUAGCCUUUUAGAAGAUCCUUACCCGAUGGUCCGUUCCACAGGGAUCCUUGGUGUUUGUAAAAUAACCUCCAAGUACUGGGAAAUGGUUCCUCCAACCAUUCUCAUCGACCUCCUGAAGAAGGUGACAGAGGAGCUGGUGCUUGAUACAAGUUCAGCAGAUGUCCGUUGUUCUGUCUUUAAGUGCCUGCCGAUGGUUCUGGACAACAGGCUGAGUCACCCACUGCUGGAGCAGCUCCUGCCUACCCUUGGGUACAGUCUCCAUGACAACUCUGAGAAGGUCCGGGUGGCCUUCGUGGACAUGCUGCUAAAGAUCAAGGCUGUGCGGGCUGCCAAAUUUUGGAAGAUAUGCCCCAUGGAGCAUAUUUUGGUUCGUCUGGAGACUGAUUCCCGACCUGUGUCUCGGCGCCUGGUGAGCCUCAUAUUUAAUUCCUUCUUGCCUGUGAACCAGCCGGAGGAGGUCUGGUGUGAGCGCUGCGUCACGCUGGUGCAGAUGAACCCUGCAGCUGCCAGGAAGUUCUAUCAGUAUGCACACGAGCACACGGCCUGCACCAACAUAGCAAAGUUGAUUCAUGUUAUUCGCCAUUGCUUGAACGCCUGCAUCCAGAGGGCAAUGAGAGAGCCCCAGGUGGAGGACAGUGGUUGUGGCGGCGAGAAGGAGAACGUGAGCGUUCUAGACAAAACUCUAUCCGUAAAUGAUGUUGCAUCCAUGGCAGGCUUGCUGGAAAUCAUCGUGAUUCUCUGGAAGAGCAUUCACAGGAGCAUGGAGAACAACAAGGAGGCAAGAGUCUAUACCAUUAACAAGUUUGCCUCUGUUCUCCCAGAGUACCUCAAAGUCUUUACGGAUGAUCGCUGCAGGAUACCUCUAUUCAUGCUAAUGUCCUUCAUGCCUGCGUCAGCUGUCCCUUCGUUCAGCUGCAGUGUGAUUCCCACCCUGAGAAGCCAGGAGGAAGGCACGGUGGAUAAGAGCUGCUGCACUCUGCUGGACUGCCUGUGUGCCUGGGGGCAGGUGGGGCAUGUUCUGGAGCUUGUGGACAACUGGCUGCUGGGAGAGUACCCCCAAACUAAGAGCAGUGCAGCUUCUAAACGUAAAGUGCGAAUCCAUGAUACACGCCCAGUAAAACCUGAAUUAGCCUUGGUUUACAUAGAAUAUUUGCUGACCCAUCCAAAGAAUAGAGAAAUCCUGCUCUCUGCUCCCCAGAAGAAACUUAACAACCUUUUGAAAACACUUGGGGCGUCAAAGGCCGAUCUGGAGUCGCUUCUGCAGAUGCCAGGUGGGAAAGCACGUCGCUUCAGCGAGGCAGCGGCCCUGCGAGCCUUCUGUCUCCACUGCCGGCUGAGCAUCCACCUGCAGCACAAGUUCUGCUCAGAAGGAAAAGUUUAUUUGUCCAUUUUGGAAGAGACUGGCUUGUGGUUAGAAAGCAAAGUUUUAUCUUUUAUUCAAGAUCAAGAAGAAGAGUAUCUAAAGCUUCACAGAGUUGUGUAUCAGCAAAUUGUUCAGACCUACCUGACCGUGUGCAAAGAUGUGGUCAUGGUCGGCCUUGGCAGCCGUCAGUUCCAGGGACAGAUCUUGCGGCAGAGUCUGGUGAUCAUGCAGACAGUGAAGGGAUUUUUUUAUGUUUCAUUGCUUCUUGACAUUCUGAAAGAGAUAAUUGGAAAUCCCUUGGUUCAGAAAACAGAUUCAGAUGAAGAAGUUGCGACACUGUUUGAUACAGUCCAGAAAGUGUUUCAGAAAAUGCUGGAAUGUAUGGCAUGGAGCUUUAGGAAUCAGCCGGAAGAUGGGCUGCAGCUCCUGUAUUCUGUCCAAACCCCUCUUUACAAAUUCAUCACCACCGUUCAGUCUUGGCACACAGACACUCCAGUGCACCAUGGCAUGCUCUCGACGCUGAUUGCGGGGCCCGUGGUUGAGAUAAGCCACCAGCUGCAGAAGGUUUCUGAUACAGAAGCAUUCACCCCUCCAGAGCGUCUCACUGACCUCCCACCGUUCUCAAGGUGUCUGAUAGGAAUAGUGAUGAAGUCCUCCAGUGUGCUCAGGUCAUUUUUGGAUGAGUUAAGAGUGUGUGUGACUUCCAAUGACAUAGAAGGGAUCAUGUGCCUCACUGCUGUUGUGCACAUUAUUCUGGUUGUUAAUAAAGGUAAACAUGAUAGUUCAAAAGUGAAGGAGGUGGCAGCUACUGUUUACAGAAAACUGAAGACCUUCAUGGAAAUUACUUUGGAAGAGGACAGCACCGAAAGGUAA